CACAGCAUGGCACCAGAGUUGGGAAGUGUGGUUCCUGGCUGGAAAAUCAGUUUCGUUGACGCUACACCACUAAGUGUACCUUUCCGGUGCGUGUUGUAGUCUGCCCGGGAGGGGCUGGGCCUGACGAGCCCAAAGUGAGUUCAAUCAUCAUGACUACGACAUUCAGUGAUGAUGGUUCUAAGGCAAUUCAGCGGUCCACAGACGUUUCUGAAAAAAACAGAACUUGCUCAAAGGAGAUUGAUGUAGUGUAUGAGAUUGAGAAGACAUGCAGCUUCAUUACAGAUAAUGGCUUUAAAAAGGUGGCUCUCCAAUUUCCUGAUGAACUUCUCAUUGAUGCUGUUGCCGUUAUGUUAAAACUGGAGAAAAACACCACUGCCAAACUUUUCAUACUGGGUGACACAUCAUAUGGCAGUUGCUGUGUAGAUGAAGUUGCUGCUGAGCAUCUUGAAGCUGACUGUUUGGUACAUUAUGGAAGAGCAUGUCUCAGUCCAUCCAGAAGGAUCCCAGUGAUGUAUGUGUUUGGACAAAAACCAGUGGAUGUGCAUCAGUGUGCUGCAUCCUUCCAUGUCCUGUAUCCAGACAAGAAUGCUCAUGUUAUAAUUCUCUGUGAUGUCAUCUACUCGUAUAUACUUGAAGAACUACAGCCACUUCUUCAUCCAGAAUAUGAAAAUGUUGUCAUUUCAAUGAUAUGCAGUGGCCAAAAUGAAACAACUGAUCCAUGCAAGACAAAUGGCUUUCAUUGUGGAGGUGAUAUUGAUUCUUGUUCUACCCUCAGAUCCUGCAACAAUAUGUGCAAUCAGCCAAGCCAUCAAGUUAUAUCCAAGUUUGGCCGGCACUUUUUCGUCAAGAGUGACAUGAAAGAUUAUAGCAUGUUCUACAUUGGGCAGGAGAGCCUGACGCUGACUAACUAUAUGAUGACGUGGAAUCAAUGUUCGUUUUGCUCAUUUGAUCCAGUGAAAGGGGUAGGGAGACACGAAACGCUGAAUGUUAACAGGGCAUUAAUGAAGCGAUACUACAUGAUUGAAAGAGCCAAGGAUGCUCAAGUUGUAGGGAUUUUAGUGGGGACUCUUGGUGUUGCUGACUAUCUUUCUAUCAUUGACCAUCUUAAAUCAGUUAUCAAGAAGGCUGGAAAGAAAAGCUACACCUUUGUAAUGGGUAAACUGAAUGCUGCCAAGCUGGCUAAUUUCAUGGAAGUGGAUAUAUAUGUGCUUGUAGCCUGUCCAGAAAAUUCUCUGCUGGAUUCCAGUGAAUUUUAUAGACCUGUUAUAACACCAUAUGAGAUGGAGGUUGCAUGCAAUCAAGCAAGGGAAUGGACUGGAGAGUACAUUACUGACUUCAGGGAUCUACUUCCAGGUGCUUGGUGCCAUAUUGAAUUUCCAGAUGAGACCUUCAAUGGUAAGGAGACUGAUGUCUCGCUAGUUACCGGAGCCUUGCGAACAACACGCUUGCUAAAGUCAGAAUGGCAAAAUAAAACACCAAGUACAUCACUGAUUCACAGGAAUGAGGCUUUAGCAAUUACUCAGCCUCACUCAGCAGCCUCAUUCUUGGUAUCUAGGAGCUGGCAAGGCCUGGAGCAGAAACUAGGACAGACUUCUGUAUCAAAAGCAGUGGAAGGUCGGAAAGGCAUCGCGAUUGCCUAUGAAGGAGAAGCCACAAGUUGAACAAACUGGAAAUUGGAAGUCAAUUGUGUGAGCAAGUGGGUUGAAAUCAAAAUUACAGGACAAUGGACUGAUCAGAGAGUUAUUAAAGUUUUAUUUAAAAAAAAACUCUGACAUUUUGGAAGUGUUUAUCUAUGUUCUGAUAUUAUAGGCUUCGUAUUUUGUUUCUUUAUGUAUAAUUCCUUUGCUAGCUAUCUCAUAACACGAGUAUUGCCGGACAAGCAAAUCAUUGCUUUGUAGUUUGCUCAUGAGCUGUGCAGUGAGAAAGAUCAGUAUUUUCUGAAUUCAGAGUUGUUCUGCUGAUUGCAAGACAUUGUUGUUUUCAUUAUUAUAAUUACUCAAUCUAAGUGUUCAAAAGUGAUAUAGUUGAGCAAGGAAUUUGUUAAUGUCCUAUUUAACAUGGCCAAAAAUGUACAACUAUAGUAUGAGGCAAGUUGUUAUUGUUAUAUCAUUCAUCAAAGGGAAACAUAAUUCUAGAAAGGUUGAAACAGGGUGCAGUUAUCUGGUAACAGACCAUAUUGGAUCUUGUGAUGUCCAGUAAACACGUGCCAUCUGAAACUAAUAUAUAUUUUUUAAAAACAUGACACAGGCUAGAAUGGAUGGUUGCUGAAGGUCACCUGACUUUUGUGGAUUAAAAUUACUCCAUUAUCUUGCAGGAAUGAAGGAACAUUCCAAACUAAUAAAUCAGUGCCUUUCCUUGAAAAGACAUUAACUGCUUCAAACCCCACAGGGUGAAUGUAUACACAAAAACGUGAACCAGAUUGUGAAUUGGUGUGCACUCAACAUAUUAUUUGGAACAGGACUUGAACUUGUGGAAAGGCAUAUGUUAAGACAGCCAGGUUUUUGUCUGCUUUUAAAAAACAGCCAAGACCUAUUUUGCAGUCAGUAUCCAGUUGGUCAGAAAACCAGACCACAAAAUAUUUACAUCUCAUCGUGCAGAUCCAUGGCAGUUAACAGUAGUACCUUCCAGUUGGGAGAUUCUAACAGAAACAAGUUUUUUUUCCUCUCUCUCUCUCUCUCUCUCUCUCUCUCUCUCUCUCUCUCUCUCU